AUGCCCACGCCACCACAUCCCUGGUGGAAAUCUGCAACCGUCUACCAGAUUUAUCCAGCAUCAUUCCUUGACGCAAACGGUGAUGGGACUGGCGAUCUCGCAGGCAUCAUCGCCAAACUUGACUAUCUCAAGGAUCUUGGUGUGGACGUUAUAUGGCUUAGCCCGAUUUAUCGCAGCCCAUUGGCUGAUAUGGGCUAUGAUAUUUCUGACUAUGAGGACAUUGAUUCGCGCUAUGGCACCCUUGAAGACUGGGAUCGCCUUCUCGAAGGCGUGCACACACGGGGGAUGAAGCUUAUGAUGGAUCUGGUGGUGAAUCAUACGUCCGACGAGCACGCCUGGUUCACCACCUCAAAAUCAAGCAAAAAUGACCCAAAACGCGAUUGGUACAUCUGGCGUCCUGGUAAGGUUGUCGACGGGGUAGAACUUCCGCCGAACAACUGGAAGAGCGUGUUUCAGGGCUCCGCCUGGGAACGUGACCCCGCAACUGGGGAGUACUAUCUCCACCUGUACGUGUCUAAGCAACCGGACUUGAACUGGGACAACCCUAUUGUGCGUUCCGCCGUCUGGGACGUCAUGCGAUUCUGGGUACGCAGAGGGUGUGACGGGUUCCGCAUGGACGUGAUCAAUCUCAUCUCGAAGACGGAUGGUCUCCCCGAUGCGCCUCUGGUGGAUCACGCGCAGAAUUACCAGCCUGCCAGCAUGUACUUCGCGAAUGGUCCGCAGGUCCACAAAUACAUCAAACAAAUGCAUACCGAAGUCCUCUCGCACCACGACCUCAUCACGGUCGGCGAAACGCCCUUCACACAUGAGGCGUCCGAGCUCGCCGCAUACGUCCUUCCGCAGAACCGCGAGCUCAACAUGGUCUUCCACUUCGAGCUCAUGGAUAUUGACUCGCCCUCCGAAUCACCACUCCUUAGGAAACCUUGGGCGCUUGCAGAGCUCAAGGCAAUCGUUGGUCGCUGGCAACGUUUCAUGCGCGAUGAUGGGUUCUGGAAUGCGGUUUUCAUUGAGAACCAUGACCACGCGCGGUCGGUGUCGCGCUUUGGGAACGACUCGGCGCAGUGGCGUGCCAUCUCCGCCAAAAUGCUCGCUAUCUUUGAGAUCACUCAGACAGGGACACUAUACGUGUACCAGGGGCAGGAACUUGGUCUCAAGAACUUCCCACGAACAUGGGGGAUCGAGGAAUACAAAGAUGUGGCGAGUCAAAACUAUUGGAGUUUGAUUAAAGAGCAGAGACAGAAAGCGCAAGGGAAGGAGGACGUUGAAAUGUCUGAUCUUCUCGACAGUUUCGCGCAAAAGGCGCGCGAUCACGCAAGGACGCCGAUGCAGUGGAACGCGAGUGUACAUGGAGGCUUCACGACUGGUACACCAUGGAUGCGCGUAAACGACGAUUAUCCAGAGUGCAACGCUGAACAACAGAUCGGUGAUGAAACCAGCGUGCACGCAUUCUGGAAGCGCGCGUUGAAGGUGCGGAAGACGCACGAUGCUCUCAUCUUUGGCGACUUCGUAAUGCUUCUCGACGCACAUGAACAGGUGUUUGCGUACACACGGAACCAUGAGUCUACGUCUGCGCUAGUGCUGCUUAAUUUCAAGGAGGGGAAGGCCGAGGUUGACCUGGGGAAGGCCAUCGGAGGAGUGGCAGGGUACGCAUUCGUUUUGGGCAACUACGAGGGUGAGGGGAUCGGACUGGAGGAAAAGGUCACUCUAAGGGACUAUGAGGGGCGGGUGUAUGUCCGGGAGGCGUUGUUGAUUUGAUUAAAUGCGACUUGCAUUCACAAAGCGUGUAAUACGCAUGUUCAUACAUCGUAUCAUAAAAUUUCAAUGGAAGACAUGAAGGAUCUGACGACUUCGCAGCCAGGUCAGCAGGAAAACACAAAGGAGACAAUAUAUCUAUGGUGGCAUUGAGGAAGCUAAGACCGGCUACACAAUGGAGAACAAAAUAACAUCUAGAAUGCCACCUGGGCGUCCUCCCGAUGAAUGGAAUUCACGCAUGCGUGAAUGUGAAGUAGGGCUGGAUAUACAAAACAUCAGACUAUGUCAAGACAUUCUGCAGAAACUACAUAGCAAAAACAGCAAUCUCGCUCGCAGUUAAUCAAUAACUGUAAAAAAAAUAAAGGAUGGGCAAAGCGCAUCAUCCUCAGAAGGACCGACGCUGGCGGUGCAUCUUUGCCGCGAGUCCCGUAGGUUCGCGCUUUGCAA